UUCGCCACUUCCGGUUCGAAGGCAAAGGGAACGUCGGGCGGAAGAGGCACCCGCAGCGGACCGGAAAGGGCGGGCUCGGAGGGUGGGUGCUGUCGGCCGGGCCUCGUGGAGACGGAGAGUGCCUCAUCCGUAGUGUCAUGGGGCUCACCAAGCAGUACCUGCGCUAUGUGCCAAGUGCAGUCUUUGGCCUGAUUGGUAGUCAAAAGGGUAACAUUGUUUUUGUGACACUUCGUGGAGAGAAGGGACGCUAUGUGGCAGUGCCAGCCUGCGAACAUGUUUUCAUCUGGGACUUAAGGAAAGGUGAGAAGAUCCUCAUCCUUCAAGGACUUAAACAGGAAGUUACUUGCUUAUGCCCCUCCCCAGAUGGUCUGCAUUUAGCUGUUGGCUACGAGGAUGGGUCCAUCCGAAUCUUCAGUCUCCUAAGCGGGGAAGGGAACGUGACCUUCAACGGACACAAAGCAGCUGUCACUACUCUGAAAUAUGAUCAGCUGGGAGGGAGGCUGGCUUCAGGGUCCAAGGAUACCGAUGUUAUUGUGUGGGAUGUGAUUAAUGAGAGUGGCCUGUAUCGCCUAAAGGGACACAAGGACGCCAUCACACAAGCAUUGUUCCUACGAGAAAAGAAUUUGCUAGUUACCAGUGGGAAAGAUACUAUGGUGAAAUGGUGGGACCUUGAUAACCAACACUGCUUCAAAACAAUGGUUGGUCACCGAACUGAGGUAUGGGGAUUGGUUCUGGUGUCGGAAGAAAAGCGGCUAAUCACUGGAGCUGCAGACAGUGAGCUGAGAGCUUGGGACUUAGCCUAUCUACAGGAGAUUGAAGACCCAGAAGAGCCAAAUCCCAAGAAAAUUAAAGAAUCUUCUCUGGGAAUGCAGGAGAGACGUGGAGCCAAGAAUGGAGACCCCGAGAUGGAUGGAGACCCCGAGAUGGAGGAAACUCCUGAGGAUCGUAUUCUUUCAUGCAAGAAAGCUGGCUCCAUAAUGCGCCAAGGAAGGGACCGAGUUGUUAACCUUGCAAUUGACAAGACAGGCAGGAUUCUUGCUUGCCACGGAACCGACUCUGUGCUAGAAGUGUUUUGUGUACUUUCCAAAGAAGAAGUUCAGAAGAAAAUGGAUAAGAAGCUGAAGAAAGCCAGGAAGAAAGCAAAGUUAAAUUCUUCCCAAGGGCAGGAAGAGGAGGAGGACCUUGAUGUCAGUGUUGAAAGGACUCUUCAAGAUGAAAUCCAGCGAGUGGCUAAUAUCAAAGCUUCUUCCAAAAUCAAGUCCUUUGACUUCAUUCACUCUCCUCAGGGAGAGUUAAAGGUGGUCUUCCUGCUCCAGAACAACCUGGUCGAGCUCUAUGCACUGAACACAUCCCUGGCUGCUCCUCAGCCAUCCAGGACCAGCAGGGUCGUCCUCGGGGGCCACCGCAGUGAUGUGCGGACCCUGUCCUUCAGCUCUGACAACAUCGCUGUGCUAUCGGCAGCCGCGGAGUCUGUUAAGAUCUGGAACAGGUCUACACUGCAGUGCAUCCGCACAAUGGCCUGCGAGUAUGCUCUCUGCUCAUUCUUUGUUCCUGGUGAUAGGCAGGUAGUCAUAGGAACAAAGACGGGGAAGCUGCAGCUUUAUGACUUGGCCUCGGGAAACCUGCUGGAGACGAUAGAGGCCCACGACGGGGCUUUGUGGUCCAUGUCCCUCUCUCCAGAUCAGCGUGGCUUUGUGACAGGUGGUGCAGAUAAGUCUGUCAAGUUUUGGGACUUUGAGUUGGUGAAAGAUGAAAAUAGUAGCCAAAAGAGACUUUCAGUGAAGCAGACUCGAACCUUACAGCUAGACGAAGAUGUCCUGUGUGUCAGUUACUCUCCUAAUCAGAAGCUGUUGGCUGUGUCUUUGUUGGACUGUACUGUGAAGAUAUUCUAUGUUGACACAUUAAAGUUUUUCCUCUCACUGUAUGGACACAAACUGCCCGUUAUCUGUAUGGACAUCUCUUACGAUGGGGCACUAAUAGCCACUGGCUCUGCUGAUAGGAAUGUGAAAAUCUGGGGUUUGGACUUUGGGGAUUGCCACAAGUCCCUCUUUGCCCAUGAUGACAGUGUGAUGUACCUGCGGUUUGUACCCAAGUCUCACCUCUUCUUCACUGCUGGGAAAGACCAGAAGAUUAAGCAGUGGGAUGCAGACAAAUUUGAACACAUACAAACGCUAGAGGGGCACCACCAGGAAGUCUGGUGCUUGGCUGUCAGUCCCAAUGGAGACUAUGUUGUCUCAUCAUCUCACGACAAAUCUCUGAGACUUUGGGAGAGAACAAGGGAGCCUCUGAUUCUAGAGGAAGAAAGAGAAAUGCAAAGGGAAGCAGAAUAUGAGGAGAGUGUGGCCAAGGAAGACCAACCAGCAGUUCCAGGUGAGACUGAAGGUAGUAGUUACUUUACCGGAAAGAAAACUAUCGAGACAGUGAAAGCGGCUGAGAGGAUCAUGGAAGCCGUUGAGCUGUACCGAGAAGAAACUGCAAAAAUGAAAGAACACAGAGCCAUUUGUAAAGCUGCAGGGAAAGAGGUUCCUCUUCCUGUGAACCCCAUUCUGAGGGCGCACGGCAACAUCUCACCUUCAGCUUAUGUAUUAGAGAUUUUUAAAGGAAUCAAAUCAAGUGAGCUGGAAGAGUCUCUGCUUGUGCUGCCUUUCUCCUACGUGCCUGACGUCCUGACCCUCUUCAAUGAGUUCAUCCAGCUGGGCUCUGAUGUGGAGCUUCUCUGUCGAUGUCUCUUCUUCCUCCUCAGGAUUCACUUCGGACAGAUUACCAGCAACCAAAUGCUCGUGCCCGUGAUAGAGAAACUAAAGGAAACAACUAUUUCAAAAGUGAGACAAGUUCAGGAUGUAAUUGGCUUCAAUAUGGCUGGUCUUGAUUAUCUCAAGAGGGAAUGUGAGGCGAAGAGUGAAGUUAUGUUUUUUGCUGAAGCUAUGAGCCAGUUGGAAGAGAAGAGGAGGAAGAGGAAAAACAAGAGGAAGAUGAUUUUAACAUUGACUUAGAAUGGAAACUACCACUUUCUACUUUCCAUGUACAGGAACUCCUAGGCUGAGUGAUAGUGACAUGACGAUGGCCAUCAUCUUAACAACCGCAGAUAACAGAAGAUCAUGUUACAGAAGGGCUCGCCAUGCAGAAGUUUUGCCUUUACAUGCUAGCAGGGAGCAAGGAAUCUUUUAUAUUAGGUAGUUAAGAGUUCAAAUGAACUUUUCAGAAGUUUAUUUAUUUUGUGGCAGAUGAUUUUAUUAUUGUAUAACUUGUUAUUUUCCUUUGAGUUUUACUUCCUUUAGAGGCAGUCAGGCACCUGACUGGCCUUUUCCUGUAAAUGCAGUGUCAUGGAGUUUUGGAGCUGAAAGGAACAGGAACAUCUCGAGGACAGCCUCCCUAGACCUGUGUUUCUUCAUUGCCGUUUAUAUGUUUCCAAAUAAAAUAGCUGUUUCCAGAGAGUA